GCGCAGUGGGAAAUACAAUCGCGCGCCCCUCCCCCUCCCUCUUCCCCCUCGCCUCCAUCUUGCGGCUGAGCGAGAGGCGACGCAGGAAACAUGGGCAAGACACAUGGCAAGCGCCGGGGGACCCGGUACAUGUUUGCCAGGUCCUUCCGCAAGCAUGGCCCUAUCCCACUUUCAACGUAUAUGAAAAUCUACAAGAAGGGGGACAUAGUUGACAUCAAGGGAACAGGCACGGUGCAGCAGGGCAUGCCGCACAAGUGCUACCACGGCAAGACGGGCCGCGUGUUCAACAUUACGCAGCACGCGGUCGGAGUCAUCGUCAACAAGCAGGUCAAGGGCAAGGUCCUAGCCAAGCGAAUCAACGUGCGCAUUGAGCACGUGAAGCACUCGAAGAGCCGCGACAGCUUCCUCAAGCGCGUCAAGGAGAACGAGCUGAAGAAGGAUAAGGCGAAGCUGGCGGGCGAGUGGGUGACCCUGAAACGCCAGCCAGCCCAGCCUCGUGUGGCUCACUUUGUCAGCACCAAGAACAACACGCCGGAGUUGCUGGAGCCCAUUCCCUACGAGUUCAUGGCGUAAAGGGGAGUGGAGAGAAGACUCCAUCCCACCCCUCUCCUCUCUCUCUGCCUGUCCCUGUCAAUAAAGAAUGGUCGAACCGUA